ACCCUAAGAAUCAAUGCACAGAGAGAACAAUCCAUCACACUCUUCCCUUAAAUGUGUCACAACCUCACUCGGAGCCUCAAUUAAUGUGCAAUUAGUGGACGAAAGAGAUGGGUGGUAUUUGCGGCACGAAGAUUAAAGAAACCGACGCAGCGGCUCACCUGAUGACGCCACGUCUUCGUCGCAACGGUAACCCCCAUCUCUCUCUCUCGCUCGCUCUCUCCCUCUUUAUUCCCACCAAACUCGCUCGCCUUCCGAACUCUCUCCCUCAAACUUCGCAUCCUUUCCUUGACAAACCCCAACCCUCGCUGUGUAAUUUGCAUUAGCAGUACUGCUCGUCUGUGCAAGGCGGAACAACGAGUGGCAUGCCACGGUCUUGACCGAUCCAAAGGCUCCGGCAACCAUCUCCGUAGAUCCUCUUCUCUCGGAUCCAUGGCGAGGCAACCGAGGGAGGAAACGGACUCCAAAGCACAGCUGGUGAGGGAGAUCUGCUCCACCGGAUCCAUGUUCGCCGCCUGCACGCACCGCCGAAGGCCACCCGCAUUCGUCGACUGGUAUCUCGUUCUCGGAGUCGAUGAGGAGGAGAAGGUGGACGCCAUCCGCAAGCGCUACCGUCAACUUGGUAGGGCACGAGACUUGGCUCGAGCACUGUGUUUGAUUUGUGUCCGCAUGCUUUGCUCUUCUGGAAACGAUAACGUGUUCACUGACUUUUGUCUCCUCGGUGGCGAUGAUUUUGUUGCAGCACUGCAGCUUCAUCCCGACAAAAAUAAGCAUCCCAAGGCCGACGUUGCAUUCAAGCUUGUGUCAGAGGCAUAUGAAUGUCUUUCUGACAAAGCCAAAAGGAAUGCCUUCAAUUCCCAGAGGUGGAGCAACUUGUGCAAGGAAUGCUACAGGAGAUCUCGGAGCAAGGAGCAUGUUCACAGGCAGAGAUGCUGGCAGUCCACAGGACAAGCAAGUUCAUAUAAAGUGAUGAACAACUUGAGACAGAUGCAGAAGAGAUUUAGAGAGGAAUGUGAAGUGAUAGAGAGUUGCAUGAGAGCCAACCAAUCAUACUGGAAAGAGUCCCCAGUCUUCAGUCCAUAUGAACAACUGCUGUCAUCCCCGGGCUAUCCUCACUCCAGAGGAGCCACCCUGGAGAAGCCAAUGAGCAGCAGCCAUUGGCAAGCUCGAGACCAGUGUGGCAGAGGUGCAGGCUGUGAGUCCCCCAUUUAUGAGAUCAGGAAACACAACUAUCCAAGGAGUAGGAGCUUCUGCUUUAGGUUCUGAUGCAGCUUUGUCUGCAUACUCUGU